UCGAAAUUAAAUUCAACGGUUUUGAAAAAUUCAAAUAUUUUCGAAAUGUUGAGAAAAUUGUUAUUUUCGAAUAAAAAAAUGGUGAUUAUCUGAAAUUUUUAAAAAUGCUUUUAAAGUUGGUUGUAGUACUUGCUUUAAUGUUUAAAAUAGUAUUAAGUUAUAGUAGUAAUAAUGUUUUUAUCAAAUCAGAAGUGCCUAAGCUCAAUUUAAAUAUCACAAAAGCAAAAACUGACAAUAUUAAGUUAUUGGAAAAAUUUAUAGAAUCCAAGCUAAGAAUAGUGAAAAAUGAGGAACUGCUUGUGCCUAUCGUGCAAGAAAUUGUGGAAUCAUGGACUUUUAGUGAGAACCUGUCGACAGAUGCUGAAGAUUUAGAAAAAAUCUCGUCGUCAAUUAACUCGAAAGUUCAACCAGCAAUAAAGAUUAUUAAAGAGAUUUGUAACUUUUUGACUAAUAAGGAAUACAAGAGACAAAUCUUUUAUAGCUUAAUGAAUCCAUGUCCAUUAAAUGAUAAGAUUGAUUUUCGUAUAAGUCAUUAUUAUAAUGAGAUUUUACACAAUAAUUUCACGGGUGAAAUUAAUCUAAACAUCCUUAACGAUCGUAACUUGAUUUUUCACAACUUUUUGAUUGAAAACAUUGAGAAGUUCUCAACAUGGCAAUCUUAUCGUCAGUAUUUUUUAUCUACCGCAGAUAAUGGAAAAAUUGAGAAUUGCAAUAAUAUGCCAGAGAUUCCGGCUUUUCCAAGAAUCUAUACAAAUACAAUUAUCAAAAAAGUAUUAAUACUAUUAGUUGAUCAGACGUCUGAACAAAUUGACAUAACUAGGAGUGUUAUGAGAUCUAUGAUCUCAACUUUAAACGACAAUGAUAAAGUAUCGAUAAUAUUGAUUGCAGCAGAAAAAGUUACAACCUUUUUAUCGCGACAAUCAUGUAGUACAAAUGAAACUAUCGUUUCGGUAUCGUCAGGUAUGAAAUCAAAGAUUUAUGAUUUUAUUGAUAACAUGAAUCGAACGACUGGCAUUGCAAAUCAUUCAAAGGGAUUUUCUUAUGCAUUUGAGAUCUUUGAUAAGAUUUAUAAGGAAACAAAUGCUUAUGCUAUUCUUCCGAUAACAUUUUUGUACGUCAGCGAUGGUGUUAUAUCGUUAUUAAGUGAUUCACGGAAUGUAUUAGCUGAAAUUAAUGUCGGACAAGCUAGACUUCCAUAUCCAGUGAUUAUUAAUACUUGUGCUACAAUUAAUAAUUUCCGACAAAUCCCAUAUCAGACUCAAUUCCUUCAAGAUAUUACCUCACAGAAUUUUGUAAAAUAUGGAAUUGACACAUCGACUUGGUGGCAUCGUAAAGGCGAUAGAAACUUAAUUGGAAAAAUGUUUGUCGUUAACAGAACAAUGGAAAACUUAAGUAAAAUUCCAAUGAGCGUGACUACUGAGCUUUUCAAGUACAAGAACUUUAUUAAUAAUCAACUUACAAUUCACUCGCCAUACUAUGAUAAUGCCAUGAGCAAUGACUUUGUCGUGAGCAUUACAAAAAGCUGUGAUCAGCGUGGCAUUUUUGGCAUAGACUUAUUCUUAAACUAUUUAAUUGAAGAUGUCCUUUACUCAAACAAUGUCAAUAAUUCUUAUAAAUUUCUACUUGACAUGAAAGGCUACGCAUUGACACAUUCAUUGUUCUAUCCACGACCAGUAAUUUUAAAACAGUCCUUCCAUCCAGUUCAUAUUACGCUUCUCGAAAAGAACAAAGGAUUUAAUGAAGCAACAUGGCUGAAGAUGAAAAGCGAAUCAAGUGGAAAUGUCAAGUUGGAAAAUUAUUCCUACACAUGGACACGCAUUUCCGACGUCUUAAUUGCUUGCAUUGUAAGAAAUUUCAAUGAACAGAAGCCAAAUGUGCUGCAAAAAAUUAAAACAUCAAAUAGUGCUGAUCAGUCAAAACAUUUAUCUGAAUUGAUUUUUCAUCGUUUGGAUUUAAUGCUCCCAUCAUCCUCAUUAAAUGUUUGUUUAUAUUACAAGCAAAUCGCUACAUUUGAUGCCAUUGCUUUACAUUUAUCGUCAAAAGCAUUUAUAUCACCAUAUGCGCAUAUUAAAAAUAGCAAAAUGAGUGAAAAUGAUGACUCGCAGGCAGUACAAAAUUUCAUGGCAUAUUUGAGGGAUACGAGAAACUUGUUUGCGAAUCCUGGUCUUGUUGAUAAUAUUCGACAGGAAGUCUUUGGCAUUUAUCAGAUUAUGGAUUUCCUUAAAAAGAAGCAUCUCGAAUCUGAUUUGAAAAAGUAUGUCAUUAGACGAUAUGCAGCUAGUAUGAAUGGAGUUCUUCAAAUCUAUCCAGCAUGUACUCUUGAUGCAAACUUUGAAGCAUCUCGACGACCUUGGUUUGUUAAAGCAAUGGAAUCAAAAGGCAAAAUUGCUAUAACAGAGCCUUAUUUGGAUGUCGGAGGUGCUGGAUAUGUAAUAAGCAUAUCAUAUGCUGUUUAUGAAAAGAGAUAUUCAGGAUUACAGAACAGAACAUAUCAACCAGUCGCUGUAGUUUCUAUGGACUUGACUAGAGGAUUUUUCUAUAAAAUUCUAAUCGAUUCUCAUUCAAUUUGUGGAUCUGACGACAUUAAAUGUAUUCUUAUGGACGAUAAAGGAUAUCUCAUUGCUCAUCCAAAUAUUAUGGAACAAACAACAGAACAUUUUAGACAGCCAGAACACAUUACUCAUCGUGAAUCCCAUGUUGCUAAUGACAUACUAAUGCAGAGGAAAUUUGUCGAGAAAAUAGCUUGCAAUAAUUACUUAAAUGGAACUUCCCAACGAUUUUAUCAAUUUAAUACGUCAAUCAACGAAAUAAUCACAAAUUUUGCCAAUGUCGAAAAGACGAAAUAUCAAUUAAUGUCCUUAAAAGGAACAAACUUAUUUGUCGGAAUUAUAAAUUCGUCAUCGGAAACAAGCGGUGCUUUUUGUCCUUGCUCAACGAUUGAUUUCCGUUGCUUAAACUGCUUUAGAAUGGAACAAAAUGAAUGCGAAUGUCCAUGUGAAUGUAAAAUUGAUGAGAUCGAUAGCUGUGCUAUUGAUCAGAAUACAAUGUCCAAUUCAAUGUGCUUUCAACAAAUUGAAUAUAUUCAGAAUUAUCAGCAACCUAUAAUUAAGGAAAAUAUCGAUACAUGCAAUUUGCACAGCUGCGACAUUUUUGCUGAGAAAGAAGACUGUCUUGGCGUUGUUGGAUGCAUUUGGUGCCAUACAAAUGACGACGAUACUCCACUUUCUUUACCAUUCUGUGCAUCAGAGUCGACGUGCUAUAAUGGAAUAUUCGGAUCAAUUGGUGAUGGAUAUGGAAAUAUUGUUAUAGAUCCAGUUAUAAAUUAUAAUUUUAUUCCACCUACAUAUUCCAUUAUUCUACCCAUAAUUGGAGUGAUUUUACUGUUAUUCUUAGUCGUGGGAUUUGUCAUGUAUUGCUAUAGAAUAAACUAUGAUAAUAAUGGAUUUGGCGAGCACCUGUAUGACUCACAAGAUAAUAAUUGUAUUGGAAUGAUGCAAAUGUCUCGAUUUGAUUAUGAUGAUCCGCCAUUAGAAGACCAUCAAAUGAGUAAUAAUUUGAAUCAGAGCUUAUUAAGAGAAUCAAAUGAGAAUGCAAUAAUUUCAAAUAUACAGUCGCCCUACAGAGUAGCAACAAACUAUAUUCGACAGCCAAAUUAUACAGACUCAUCAGAUCACGGAUACUCUACUAUGGGAACUCAUCAAGAUGAUUCAUCCGAACCACAACCUCAUUCAGCAGCCAGUAAUCGACAGAACAGAAGAUUCUCAUUAUCAGAUUCUGCCUCAAUAAAUACAUCAAUUUCAAGUCCUCAAAAUGUACAACCUUAUGAUCCUAUAUCCUUAUCAACUCCACGACAUAUUGUCAACCAUUUUCCAUCUGCCGAUCAAACGAUUUUAUCACCAAAAAAAUUAUCACCACAUCAAGUAAUUGCAGAAGUAACCGUUCAUAGACUAAUGGACUGAAUAUAGCUAAUAAUAAUGUAAACAAUUCUUUUUAUGUGCCAAAUACACUAUUUUUCUCUUUUUUGAUAUGAAACACGUAUUAAAGUAGUUAUGAUGAUCAUAAAGAAGCAAUUUAAGAGAAGAGGAAAAAAAACUUUAAAGUACCUCCAUCAAUACGAAUAUUAAACAGUAUGCAGCUAUAUAUUUAUAGUUCCUAGAUUAAGCUACACAUGUUCUUCAAUUUUUUGAUAGAAUGUUUACACAAAGAUGAGAAUCAUGUAAACCUUUAAAUAAUCAACCAUAUAUAUACAUUAAAUUUUUCGCAUGCUUGCCUGCCUUUUUCAUCAUCACAGCUGUUAAUUUUGCUCAAUUUAAGCAUUUCCUUUGCGGCCAAAAUAGAAUUGUUGCUUCUUUAUCUGCCUUGAGUAUUAAAAUUAGUAAUUUUUUAAAUGUAAAUGUCUAAACAACGAAAUGAAAAAAAAAAAUGCAAUUUUGGAAAUUUUAUAAUCAAAAGAAAAAAGAAUUAGAGAUAAGGAUGAUAACUCUUAUUUUUUAUUAUUUCCGUUAUUUUUUUCAUUCUUAUAUGCAUUAGGUUGUGUAAUCUUAAGACUUCAUUCUUGCAUUGAAAAGUCCAAUGACAUUCUCUGGAAUCCUGCAAAAUUAAUUAAAACUGUUAAAUUCAGGAACAAUACAAUUUUUUGAUUUUUUUAAAGCUUAAGAUCAUUCUUAGAUCACAAUUUUAAUUGUUUUUGCAAGAUUGUAGAAAGAAAUGUCAUUACGCUGACUUUCAUUUCUUGAUAAUUUAUUUUUUAUCGCAUUAACACAAAAGCUUGGCAUAUCAAUGUACUUAGUAAAUUUUCGUUUAAAUGUGAAUAUUGUGUUAUAAAGUUGCAAAACUGAUGAUAAAACUUUUAUAUUAACUAGAUUUUAAGGAUUAUUGUAUUAGUUGAAUGAUAAAACCAGGUGUUAAUUGAAGUCGGAUCAGCUUAACCAUACAAAUGAUUCUGGAAACAAAACAAAGUACUUAUGCAUUUUUAAAACCUUUCAAUUUCAUUUCAAAACAGUACAAUUUCCAUCAAAAACAUUUAAAAGGUUUUCGAAAAAAUCUCUACAAUUUUACAUUUAUACUGUUCUAGAUCAAUAAUAAACCAAAAACACUUGUGGGGUUCUGGAAUAUUUGUAUAAAUUAUCGCAAGUCGACUUCAAUCUUACUUUUUCUAUGAAAACAAAAAUAAAUUUACUGUAUUCGGAGCAGCUUCUUCCUAUAAAUUUAUAAUCAGUUCUUCCUUUGAACCUCCUUUUAUAUGUUUUUGUGACAUCAAAUCUUUAUUUGAACAAAAACAAAAGAAAGAAAGCAAAUAAAAAGCUAAUCUUUUUUUUUAUUAAUUUAAUUAUGUAUUUCAAUUGAACAGAUUAUCUUAUUUGAUCUCUUAAAUGAAGACCUUACACACAUUUUUUUUUGCUUUUCAGCUAACGUACUUAAUUGUAUUUGGAAAAUUGUCAACGAAAUAUCAACAAAAUUUUUCUUUGUGUUUUAAGCGUCGUCAAAUAACUUUCGUGCGUCUUUUUCAUUAACUUAUUUAUUUUCAACAAUUCUCGAACCCAAUUAUUUUAAUAAUUUUUUGUGUAGAAAAUAAAAUGUGAGAAUAAAUAAGCACCACAGCAGAUAACUUUAAAGAGUGUUUUUAAACAAUUUUUUAAUACCUUUGGAUUAAUUUUUUUCUUCAUUUUACAAAUAAUUUUGUUGAUUUAAAUAUCUAAAAUAUUGAAACUUAAUAAUCUUGAAAGUCUUGACAUGCAGUAGAUCAAAAGUCAUAGAAAUAGAACAUUGGCGAUCUUGAUUUUGAUUUGUAUAUGAAUGUAAGUGGUAAUUCAGAAAAUUUCAUUGCUCUUAUGAACCUUUUUUCGAGACAUUUUGAAGAAAAAGAGAAUAAUAAAAUUAACAAAAAGAAAACCUAUAAAAAAUUAUAAGUUGUGUAUCGCUGAACACAAUAGUUCAUAAAAUGCUUAAUUAUUUUAAUUAAUUAUCAUAUCAUUUCCAUUUAUGAUAUGAAAAAAGGAAAGGAGAAAAAUUAUGCUCAUACUAAAAUCUAAAACACAAGUCCGUUGUCUAAAAAUUAAUGAUAAUAUUAAAUCGUUUACCACAUGUGUGUUUCACGAAUCUCACUAAUGAUGUGAUUUGCUCUUGUAAGUGCCU